AGGACCCUGGCAACUCGUCAUCGAAACUUCAUGUCUAUGGUCUCGGAAAGCGCCUCUGGGAGAAAUGCGCAUGCGUGCUAAUGGUGGGCGUUUGAGGGCUCGCUUGGUGAGAAACCGGGAAGGCGAGGUGGAGAAGGCGUUUCUGGCUCCCAUCUCUUUCUAGUCAGGAUGUGGAAACUGUGUCCAGCGACCACCCUUGGGCCGGGACAAGCAUAUCAGCUUUUAGUUGGUGUCGAGUAUGUUGUUGGACGUAAGAAUUGUGCAAUUUUAAUUCAAGAUGAUCAGUCAAUCAGCCGAAGUCAUGCAGUCCUUUCUGUUAGUCAUCCCCAGAUGAAUCUUAGUCAAUCCUCUUCAUUUCCCGUGUUAACAUUAAAUGACACAUCUAAAUAUGGUACUUUUGUUAAUGGAGAAAAACUACAAAAUGGUAUUCCUAGAACAUUGGAAUCUGGUGACAGAAUAACUUUUGGAGUCUUUGAAAGCAAGUAUAGAGUAGAGUGUGAGUCUUUGGUUGUAUGUUCUUCGUGCUUAAAUGUUUCACAGAAAACUAUGUUAAGUAAAAAUGUUCUUCAGCUGGGAGGCUAUAUAGUGAAUGAUUGGAAGGAAGAAUGUACUCAUCUUGCUAUGAUCUCAGUCAAAGUUACUGUAAAGACAAUAUGUUCAUUGAUUUGUGGUCGACCUAUUGUGAAGCCAGAAUAUUUCACUGAAUUAAUUAAAGCGAUUCAGGCAAAACAGCAGUUACCAACACCCGAAAGUUUUUCUCCUCCAGUUGAUGAGCCAAGUAUUAAGAAUGAAAAAAUUGAUUUGUCCCUCUGUCUUGAAAGAAAAACAAUCUUCCGGGGAAAAACGUUUGUGUUCCUAACUGCUAAGCAGCAUGCAAAACUGAGUCCAGCAAUUAAACUUGGAGGAGGAGAAGCAAAGCUGAUGAAAGAGGGAGAAGAUGCUGCUUCUUCUUUGGUAGCGCCUGAUGUUUGUGUCAUUGAAGUAGGAUUCACAAACUCUCAAGCAUCUAUAUCUGAUCUGGAGAGGAAAUGGACUGAAACAAUCACCGCUGUUUUGGAAAGGAAUAAAUAUAGGACAAUUUCAGAAGCAGAAAUUGGCCUAGCAGUUAUCUUUGCAUCCACAGAAAGAUAUUGCAAUCCUCAAAUUCCAUCUGAUGCAGGUGUUGGUGUGAAACCUUCAGCGUCAAUUGUUCAAGGACCAAGCCUUUCUCAGAGGGCAGUUGUAGAAGAAACUGUAAUGCCCACUGCCGUGAGUGACAUCACAGUAUAUGUACCAGACACAGAAAUGGAUCAGCUGAUGGAUACGUGCAUGGAAAUGACGGGAGAGAAAAGAAAUAAAGAAAUUGCUUCAAAGGUUGAAAGAAAAAAACCCAGGCUACAGGAUAUAACAACUGUAAAGGAAACCCCAGCAGGAACUGGCACUGUAGACACAGGAAAAAAAUUGCCCAGAUUGAAUAAAAGUUCUGCAACUGAUCAGAAAAUAUUGUCAUAUUCUCCAUCUAAAAUGUCAGGACCCAGCAGAAAUAGAGAGAGAGAUUCACAACAACAUUCAAUUAAAAAUUACUUCCAUGUAGCUUCUAAAAAAAGAGAAAGAAAUGAGGAUGAUGAAACACCGAUUUCCAAGUAUGCAAAAAUUGAGGAGAAUUUAUCACUGGCUUCCAGUCAUACUCAACCUGUAACUUCCUUGCGGCUGGAAAACAACACAGAAAGAUCUCAAAAGGGACAGUAUACCUUGAACCAAAACACAAACGACCCUUCAUCAUACCUGGAGACAAGUGGAAAGUCUAUCACAGAGAAAGAAAAGUUAGAAAAAGCUGCUGAAAGUACCGCUACUGGAACAGAUGCUUCAAAAAAGAGGAAAAAAAUGGAUGAUUCAAUAGAAGAUGAAGCUUCAUUAGAGCUUAUUUUUGCGAGCCAAGACCUGGAUUGGGAAAAUGAAGUAGGAGAUCAUACUGAAAAGAGUGAAAAGAAGAAAAGGAAGUUAGAAAAUAAAGGACAAGUUUCAGUAGAUAAUGAGGCCAGGAGAGUUUUGCAAGAAAAUGAGCUAUCUCUUCCAGCUUUAAAGCAGAAACAAGAGAUAAAAGAAGAGCUACCAGAAUGUAAUCCUGAUAAAUCUGCAAGUGACUCUCAUCUACCCAGCAGGCUUUUGCUGACUGAAUUUAGAUCAUUGGUUGUUAGUCAGCCGAGGAGAGGUGGUGGGUGUGCUACAAAAACAGACUAUCGGCCUCUGAACAACUUUAAAAAAUUUAAAAAGGUAACUUACCCUGGAGCAGGACAGCUUCCACAUAUUAUUGGAGGAUCAGAUUUGAUAGCUGCUCAUGCUAGAAAAAAUUCUGAGAUGGAAGAAUGGCUGAGGCAAGAAAUGGCGGAACAGUCACGCCAUGCAAGAGAAGAAUCACUUGCAGAUGAUCUCUUCAGAUAUGAUCCCCAUACAAAAAGAAGAUAGUUGUUUCUUGAGCCAGACCUACAAAAGAAGAAAAUAUUUCCAGCUUCCUUGCUGGAAAGAAUUGAUUUUACAUUGAUCAUACAUCCUGGGAAUCUCUCUUAAUUUCAUGACAAAGAAGAUGGCGUUGCUGCUUCUAAGACUUCAUAGUGCUUCAAUUAUAAUUACAACUAUCAAUAGGUCAAAAAAUUAUCUGACCACAGCCCGGAAGGAUUUUGUAAUGUUGGUGGCUUUUUGGCCCUGCCCUCUCAGUACAAAGGAACUGUUAAAAUCAGAUGCAGAGAGGAACUUUGCCUGCCUUCUACUAAUCUCUCCCCAUCAAGCCUUUUCUCACCUUCUGAAAGCAGACAAACAACAGAAGAAUUUCACCCUAAAUGACACAUAACAUUGUGGUUACAAUGUCAGAUGCAAGGAAUUGUGAGAAAUGCCUCCCCCCCCCCCCAGCCUUACUGGCCAAUGUCAGUAGCACCGGGGAAUUGAUAUCCAGCAUUCCUUUUGUUGGCAUGCAGACAUUUAGUGUUCCUCUUUCCAUUGCUAUCAUUGUCAGAGCAGCAAGAAAAUCAAGCACACUCACCUUUCCGAGAAGGAGCAGGAAGGUGAGUGUGCAGUUGUUGGAUGUCCAUACAAUGGUUUUGGGAAGAAAUAGGCACCGUUGUCUAUUGUCAGUGACCUCAGAGAUGCAGUAACGUUCAAAAGUAGUGUGCACUUGCUUUGGAAAAUCCAUGUGCUUUGCAAGAAUGGGAUUAAUUAUUCUGUUUUUUUAAAUAGCUCAUUUCUGAUACUGACUAGUCAUUGCUUAUUACAGUGCAUGUUAAGGCCUGUAAAAUUCAUUUUCUGGCUACAUUUUGGAAAUGUUAUACUAUAUUUCAAUUUUUUUAAUAGAAGCACAUUAAAAUCACACUGACUCUUUUAAGAGGGACUAUUGUUUUAGCAUUCUUUCAUCUUGAUAUGAUUGCCCACAGAAUCAGGAUUGAUGUUUUUAAAAAUAUGAUGUGGACUUUGUAGAACAGAUUGCUGACUCUUAUAUCAUUUUGCACCUCUCAAAUGGGUGUUGUCUCUUUUUACUAAAUUAAGGUAUUUUAUUUUUUAGAUUAAUAGGAAAUAUUUCCUUAUUUUGAUUAACAUGGUCACAAUUACUGAUUAGUUUAAGAGAAGCUAUGUGUAUAAUGCAUAUUCAAAAUUUUCUGUUUUGUGGACUUUCAAUCUAGUUAUGCCUUUUUCAAAAGCAUGCUGUUGUCUCACUUCAUGCCUAUCAUACUUCUGUUAUACCUCAAGAAUGUCAAAUGUGUUGUUCUUCCAUAGUAUCCUAUCUAUACUCUGGAUAUAGGCAGGUUUAGAGUGUCUUCUUUCAAAAAUGUCAGUUUGAUAUAGAUGCCGUAUCUGCACCACUGCACAUUUGGUUUAAAAAACUGAAGAACUGUGCCUGUAAACUGACCCUCUCUUCCAUGUUUCCAAGGAGUUCUGACUCCAGUAGUUGUUGGUAUUCAUUUGUGUAACCAGAGCAAUAAAUUUUUUGCAGGGAAUUUUGUUCUUGAUUCCCCUGGCCUCUGAGUUACAGCAUUUCAGCAACUUCUUUCAUAUAGUCUUCCUGGAAACACUGGUAAUAACUACCAGUAAAUGCAAGAGAACAGACAUAUGGAGAAGACAAAUAUUUGUUGCCUGUGGUAUAAAAUAUUUCUCAGUCUGUUUAUUUCAGAAUUGUGUGUGCUUUGCCUAAAUGACAGUUGCAGUUCUGCUAGUUUUGGGGAGACUUAUUCUACCUGUAAGUAAGUACAUCCCAUGUAAGCUCCAUCCACCCAUCAAUAUUCUGACUCAUGUUGGGGGUGGGCGAUAUAUAGGUAUAGUAUCCUCUUCAGACUGUUGCCUUCAUGUGUUGAAAGUCUGAAGAGGUAGAGCUAGUGUGUUCCUCUCAAUGUGAUUUCCACAUACUUGAUUAUUGAUUGAAUAGGAUUAAAAUCUGUUUCCUAUGUUGGAUAUAUUUCCUUGGAGUUACUUCAGAUUAUAGAGAAGAGUCAUUUAUCAGUUACAGUUGUUAAGAUAAACUUGUAUAGAAUUUCUUGAAAGGAUUCCUGGCAUUCACCUAAUCUAUAUUUGUCUCUAGCCCUAAAGUAAUAACUGACACUUUCCCAGAUCGCAAGUCUGUAAAAUGUAUACAUGGUGGUUUAAGGUUGCCAUUAAAACUAAAGAUAUAAACCAGAAAUAGCUCUGGUGUUCAGCAUAUGAAACUGUUGUUCCACACUGCAUGUGACUUCCCUCUUUGUGGUAUUAAGGAAUGCUGUCCUUUCUUUAUUACAUGGCAGUCCUUGUCAGCCAUUACCUCUCUUACCAAACAAUAUCAAGUUCAAAAUAACACACA